AUGUUCUUCAUAACUACAACCGUAGAAAUAAUGUCGUUUGUGGAAUUAUCGUUCAACAAAAAAAAACCAUGGAGAAAUAUAGAGCGUCAGUUUGUUCCGUCUUCUGCUAGCAACAAUCUUGACAUUGAUUGGCUACCACAUACUUAUACUAUUUCAGCGUCAUCCUUGUGCGGACUCCUUGUUGAAUCCUAUGAUCCAAAUGAAUACGUUUCAAAGAUUUUAUUUGUUAUCAAACCAACGACUACAGAUUUCAAAUGGAUACCGUUUCCGAUCUCUGAAUACACUACGGUAAAGUUUGCUUUGGUAGUUAUCAGUUCGAACUCGUUACAUUUCAAGGUCAUUCGAUUGUCAUACAUAAAGCCAUCUGAUAUGCUUAAGGAAAAAGUAGACUACGAUUACUACAAGAUAGAAUUGUUUUCAUCUACUACAUGGCAAUUGAGGGAAUUUUAA